UGAACUCGGCGCGCUCAAGCCUGUUAGGAAUUUUGUGAACCGCCGCGUAGUUGGCGCCGUUCGCGUGUUUGAACGCACCAUGCCAGGCCAGUGUGUCGACACUUGCCUAGAGGAAGGUUCCGCGAGCCUUUCCGAACGCAGCUCGGAGGACAUUAACAACAUCGUCAACUCACCCGAGAGCGACCUGAUCGUAGAUUUGGAGCCGAAUCUCGUCAAAGGCGUGCCGCUCCAGGUGUCUCUGUCUGGCUGGGGUCGGCAUUGGGUGGCGCCAGACAGCGGGAUGUUCAACGUGGACCCAGCCAACUACGAGCUCAGCCAAGUAGUUGAGGCCUAUGACGCCUUUCUCAGCCAUGAGUGGGCAUCAAGCCGCUGGUUGAAGCUCUUCACGCUGCUUAUGGUGUUCAACUCGGGCCCAGCCUUUUGGGCAUGCCUGUUCGUCAGCCUUGCGGUGGGUCUCGGUCGCGCCUGUGAAGUCCUACCCAAUGAGUUGUGGACUGCAGCGCUCGGCCAUUUGACAUUCUUCGUGGUGUUCGCCUUCUACCAGCGAAUCCGUGCUGUUUGCUCGUCCGCUGAUGGUGUUCUUAGACAAGCUCUGCAUUGCCCAACACGACGAGGAGUUGAAAAGCAAAGGCAUUCUUGGAUUGCCAACUUUUCUUCUCAAGUCCAAGAAGCUGCUUGUCCUUUGGACGCCUCGCUACUGUAGCCGCCUUUGGUGUGCCCUGGAGAUGGCUACUUUCAUGAAAGAUCCUAAAUACCAUGACAGCAUCGAAAUCGUGCCUCUGAAGACCACGAUCAUCUUGGCUGCGGAAGGCUUAGCCUGGUCGAUCAUGUCCGUGGGCUACAACAUGAUGGAAUCCGCAAUCGCAGCGCAGGCCGAGCAGGAGGCCCAGCCGAAUCACACCGAGAACGUGAUCACCGUGGUAACUUUGAUGAUGCUCUUCGGGACAGCCAUCGUUCCAGUUGUCUUCUACGUCGGCUUGGGGCUCAUUGCCGAGGUAGAAGAGCUUCCCCGGCAACUGGCCGAGUUUAGGGUUCAAGACUGCCAGUGCUUUUGCUGCACAAACAACCACAAGCACCCGAACACGGGCGAGGAGCUGCCUUGCGACAGAGAGCUAGUAUUCCGUUCUCUGAAAGGCUGGUACCCCCAGCCUGAGCAAGACCACCUUGACUUCUUCAACAGCACGGUUCGGUCCAACCUGGCGCCUCGAGUCGCAGCAGGCACUGCUGGAGGCGUGCUACCCGCUCGGUACACGCUUUACAUGGUGGGCGCAUGCAAUUUGCCUUUCUUGUCCAGACUCUUUCCUGCCUGGGCGGGUCACGUCCACAACGGCAUUGUGGGCUACAAGCUUGUGGCCCUUGUGCUGCGGAGCUCGAUGUCAUGGAUGAUCGUGGGACUUGCUGCUGUCGGUACCACGCGCGUAUCCAUGCACCUCUUCCGGCUCGGCAACUACUUGAGUCGGGUCUGUCUCAAGAGCCGCCUGUGCUGGGUUGCGCUUUUGACCCCUCUCUCAUUCCAGGUUGCCACGUUGCUAUGGACCCCAUAUGAGGUGGUGAAGGUGAUGACACCCAAGGAUAGCAUGCUGCCUGUCAUGCCAUUUCUCGCCGCCCUGGCUGUUGUCGUGUAUCUUCUUGCAUUCCCUGGCCUGACCCAGAAGGGCGCUGCGUCUUGAGGCGGCGUGUGCCGCGCAGCCUUUCCUUGCAGUCUCAAGCCUUUGCUGUUGGGUAGUUUGUGUAAGCGUUUUCCCGCUCUCACUGCAAGGAGAUGUUUGACGAACUGAACUUUUAGGCAUCCUCCUACUUCUUGCAGUUGCGCGCCGUAUCACUCAAAGUGCUUUGCCAAGGCCGUGACUUGUGUAGAAGAAGGAGAACUUGGGGUGUGCCUUUGGAGGAGAAUAUGUGGUCAGUACAAAGCUAUUGCUUUCGAUAGGCUUGUAGUGUUUGUUUACUCGCAAGACUGCCUCCUCACCUGUCUUGCAUUCCCUGGCAGCGCUGAAUGCGUUUGGCCAAGGGUUCCAUUUCAUUGGAAAGCAGAGGCUCGCACCACAAUUCCAUGUGUCAGUCUCAAACAUUUUUGUGUACAGUAUGUAUGUCAAAAGACAACCUCAGCAGUUUUGAACACGGCUCCGCCGUGUGGGCAGUGUUUAGUGGAACCUGAGCAGAUAAGAGGGUGGUCAGCAUGUGCUAGAGCUCUCACAAUGGCACCC